CACACCACACUGCGCGCUAUUAAGGACGCAGCCCGGUCACAUUGUGCUUGCGUCCGCUUGAUUCCAUCCGCUAGCUUUCUCCGCCGUGCCCCGUGGGCUUUAUCUGUGUGCUCGCUGCUCUUCUUGUGUUGCACUGCUCCCUGAUAGUGUCCUGUGCCCCGCAGCUGUCCAACCUCUCGACAUCAAUAUCGCGCUCCACGCUGCACACCACAGCACCAUGUAUCGUUCCUCGACCGGAACGCUGGACCACUACGACGAUGCGCCCCGUGGCGGCGAACGGUGGGACCGCGACAGGUUUGAGCGCAUGGCCCGCCGCGCGCCUCCUCCUCGCGACGUCAAGGACGACUUCCACUUCCAUGAGCAUGACCGCUUCCCCGGCGGUCGCCGCGACAUGGACAUCCGCGAGGACUAUGAACGCCGCGCCCCUCCCCCUCCUACUCGCGUGAUGGAGCGGGAGCGGGAGCGGGAGGUAUUCCGCGAAGACGACCGCUUCGACCGACGCCGCCGCCAUGAUCUGUUCGACGAGCCGACGCCUUCCCAGAUCGCCAACCAAGCUCUUGCUCCGUAUCGCCGCAAGUCUGUCGUAGAUCGCGACUUCGAGGUCGAUAUUCACAGGGAGCAGACCAAGCGACCUGCUCGUCCUCAAUACAUACGCCGACAGUCCUCCCUCGAUACCUUCGAUCGCCGCCCUCUUCCGCGCUAUGGAGACAGGGAGAGGGACGAGUGGCGACCUCCGGCUAAUGUCCCAAUUCCUCUGCCCAUCCGAGAGCGCCGCCGCUCGCCUCAACGAUACCAGGAGGAGGAGUUCGAGGAAGAACGUUUUAUGGAGCGAGAUCGCCCCGGACGUAGGGAAAAAGUCGAGGAAUACCGUGAAGUAGAGGUCCACCGCGCCAAGAGCAGACGUCGUCGCAGUCCUUCGCGCAGCGUUGCACGGUCUCAGGCCCGCAGCUCCUCCACUUCUAGUUUCGAGGAGAUCAAACUUGCAAGGGCAGACUGGGGCAAGAAGGGCAAAACCCGGCUCCCCAAGCGUUUGUGUAGAGUUCAGGCUGUGACCGAGCUCGGCUAUCCAUACGAGGAAGAGGAGGACUUCAUCGUCAUCACCCGUGCGUUGGAGAAAGACCAUAUCGACGAAAUCAUCAGCGUCAGCGAGAAGUACAAAGAGACUAAAACGACGUAUGUGUACGAAGACACAAGGUCCGUCGUCGAGCAACCUCCCGCCAUGAUGGCUCCUCCUCCACCGCCACCCCCGCCAAUGAUGGAUUAUCCUCCACCACCUCCGCCGCCAGCAUCCGUCCAUGGCAAUACAGUAGUCUACGAGAGAUCAGUCCGUGGCGCGUCUCCCCCGCGUAGUCACCACCACGAACAUUACGAGGAGCGGAUUGAGGAAUCCAACCACAUCGGUGGACCCUUGACUGUGCUUGUGCCAGAAGAGCGACGAGUCGUUCGCAGAGAGCGAGACGUCCGCUCCGAGAGGGAAAUUAGAGAAGAAAUCCGCAUGUUGGAGGACGAGCGACGAAUGCUCAAGUAUGAGCGCGAUGGCGAUUACGAAAUUAUCGAGCGACGCGAGAAACCUCGUGAAGUCAUUCGCAUCGAAAAGGAUCGGAAAGGUAGGAUGGCCCUUGUCCGCUCGGCUCAUUAGGAUGGCGUUGAUUCUGGAUAGGCCGUCGUGAGCCGAAUCCCAAGCUCGUUGCUGCGAUGAUGGCAACCCUCACCUAGAGGGAUUUCGUGUUUCUUUGGACCCAUUGGACAGUGCUGGAGAUUCAUAUUUGUGAUGGAAUCAGGUUUAUCAAUUCGUUCGGCUUGCUAAACUACACGAAUGUAACGGUCGGAUCUGCUUGCUCUUUCUUAGCGUGCGCUCCGCGAGCGUCACAGAACCGGUAGGGAGGCUGGGUCUGGCGCAGGCAUACACGGAACGCAUUUCUUUUUCUUGUUUUCAUUGCUGUUCACGUUCUGUAAAAUACCAUACUUCGAACGGAAUAACGAAUAAUGACUGCGCUUCUGCAGCUUGUACUUGU